UCUUGACCGUUAUAGGUUCACCUUAGGGUUGCCAUAGGUUGGUAAAUUACUUGAAGGCACAAAGCAAACAACAACAGUGCAAAGAACAGUAAAAUGCUUUGAUAAAAGCAGGCUUUUUGUACAGGAAGUCACAAACAAAACUUCAUGGAGAUGUGGAUAUUUUACCAUGCUAGAUAUAAAUUCUUUAUAUGGCAGUUCUUAAAUCAAGCUAGCAAAGCCCCAAGUGGCUUGUAUAUGGACAUUAGAUACUGUUGCCUGUGAACUGGUACCUGAAUCCAUGAAUGUAGAAUUGCAGCUGCUGGCAACCAUAUCAUAAUUUCACUUCACUGUCUUGUGUAACAAAGCCCUGCUAUGUGCUGCAUUUAGAAGUAACUGAGUUUGUUCACAUGAUGUAAUAUGCUUACAUUUCAAAAGAGAGGAUAAUGUUCAGCAGUACAGUUAUGUCCUUCAUCUUUUGGGUCGUUUCAUGAUGAGAACUUUUACAUACUGAGGCAGAGACAUAGGCUAGCUACCCAGUUUGAAAGACCCCGUGAAUGCUGUAAUGGCUUCUAUUUACAUGGUGUGCUAUUCUGGAUUGGGGACUAUACAAUUUUCCAGAUGUGUUUGGAGUAUGGAUACAAUCAGCCCUAGCCAUCAUAACCAGCGUGGGGAUGAUGGGAGCUGUAGAUUAUUCACAUCUUGAAAGUUUAACUGUCACCAUCCCAAUCCUACUGAUCCCUUAUUGGUAGAAAUAUGUGUGAAACUUCUUCAGACACCAACCACACUUUUCAUUGGCGAUAAAAGCCAGGCAGCCAGGAUUGGCCCUCAGGCCUCUUAGCUUCAUCUUUGCCUUGUUGUAGACUGAUGUCUUCAAUUUUGAGUUUGGUUUCUGUCUGUGAAAGCUGUGAAGUGUACAUAAUAUAGUUUCUAGUUAGAUUUGGCAAUGUAACCCACCUCCAUGAAGCUCCAUCUCUGUGUGGUGGUGAUUCCUCUGCAUAGUGCUUGCCUUCCUAUUGUGAAGACAUAUAGGAUGGGUGGGAAUCCCACUGAGUUUAUGAUCUCUGAUUGGAAUUACCACUGUGAUUUUCUCUACUAUGCUGGAAAGCAAGGCAAACACAGGGAAAACUUAUUCCAGGGAUAGAUCUUUGUGGAGGGAGAAGGUAUCAUGCCUUCCAUAGAUUACUCCUCUUCCUCAGAUGAGAAGAGCUGGCAAGACUGAUCCCAGAAAGACAUGCUGGAGGGCAGAACUGGAGGCUCCAGGUGGAAAUCCUACUCUGGGAUUCUUGCAGAUUGAGCAUUUGCUGUGGUACUCAGGAUGUCUCAGGAAAUGGAGGAUAUGAUUGCUGAGGAGGUGGAUCAACCAUCACAGGAUACUGGAAUGGGGACUGAUGUUUUAGAAUCUGGUGACACGACUCCUCCCUCCAAGAGAAAAAGCAAGUUUGCGGGAUUUGGCAAGAUCUUUAAACCUUGGAAGUGGAGGAAAAAGAAAGCCAGCGGCAAGUUUAAGGAGACAUCAGAAGUUUUAGAGCGAAAGAUUUCAAUGAGAAAGCCAAGAGAGGAGCUCAUUAAAAGAGGUGUUCUGUUGGAAGAUCUUGAGCAGGAUGGAGAAGAGCCAGACAAGUUAAGCCACACCACCUUGAAGAAUGGACAUACCAUCCCCAUUGACUGUUCUGGAAUUGAUAACCUUGCCCACCUGGAGGAAGAGGCUGGAAAAAGACCAAGCCUUAAGCAGCCUCUUCCAUCUGAGGACCUGAAGAAAUUGCAAGGAACUUUCAGCAGUGAUCCCAGUUCAGAAGAGAAACAGAAUCAUGAAUCCCAUGCCCCUAAACAACCGUUGCUUCCUCCAAAGCGACCAUUGUCAUCUUCUUCUCAGGAGACAAGUGAUGUCCCAGCAAGGGAUCUUGACUCUGUGAGCAGCACUGCAAGGACUACGUCUUCCUCUACAGCUGUGGCUUCUACCAUCACCACCACCACCACCACCACAACAACAACAAAAGGAGUAAAUUUUUCCACUGCUCCUUCCCCAGCCCCCAGGACUGUGCCCCCUGCUCUGGCAAAUGUGCACGCUAUGGCUACCAUGAAUUCUACUAAUGCAAUGCCUGUGAAACAGCCUCCUGUCCCACCUCCCAAACCAGUUAACAGGAAUAGCAAUCCUUUAAUAGCUGAAUUAUCUCAAGCUAUUACCAGUGGCACAGCAUUGUCGAAGCCCUCUCCACCUUUGCCCCCCAAGAGAGGUGUCCCAUUGAACACAUCUUCAUUGGUCGAAUCAGCCACCACUCCCAAGUCACCCAAUGAAAAGAUCAUGUCAUCGUCCUAUCCUUCCUCACUACCGCCAUACAUGUUCCCACCUCACUCCCCCUCUGCUGUUUCACCCCCUCUGCCCUCCCACAUAGCCUCAGAAUUCCCAUAUGUACCACCACCUACCUCCAUGCAUGGGGCAGAGCCUCCCAAUUCCACAGAACUACGGAUGGAGGCCCAACAAGAUGGGGUCUCAAUGCCAGAUAUGGCCAGGAGGUUGGCUGAGCAGGGAUUCAGAGAGCCUCAGAUGCCUUCCUGGCUGCCCCAGCUUCCACUGCACAUACGCAUCCAGCAGGCGCUGACAAGUCCCCUGCCAGCCACCCCACCGGCUGAAGGCUCACACAGGGCUCACUCACAGCUCUUUGAGAGUGAAGGCUCCUAUGAGGAUAACAGUAGCCUGGCUAGAACAAGAUCUCUGCCGGUGACCAUUGAAUUGCUGAAAGUUCCAGAUGAUGAGGAAGAGGACCAAGAAGGUGUUCAUCAUUCCAGUUCCAGUGUUUACAUUGGAAAUGUCCCAACUGUUACAGUAAUUCCCAGGUUGAUACUCCAGACAGUGCAGGAUGAAGAGGAAGGGACAAGUGAUUCAGACUCUGAGGGACCUAUUCUGUAUAAGGAGGAAGAGGAAGAUGAGGAAGAUGAAAGCCAUAACACUGCACUGGCCAAUAAAGUGAAGAGAAAAGAUACUCUAGCCAUGAAACUGGGCAGUAUGGUCCCCCAACACGAGUUACGAGGAGAGAACACAUUUCCUCGAAAGACUAAGGAAGAGUGGAAUGAAAUCCGGCAACAAAUUGGGACAACACUGAUCAGGAGAUUAAGUCAGAGGCCAACACCAGAAGAAUUGGAACAAAGGAAUAUACUUCAACCAAAAAAUGAGGCUGACCGUCAAGCUGAAAAACGGGAAAUAAAACGGAGACUCACUAGAAAGCUUAGUCAAAGGCCUACUGUGGCUGAACUGCAGGCAAGGAAGAUUCUGAGGUUUAAUGAAUAUGUGGAGGUAACAGAUGCCCAGGACUAUGACAGACGAGCAGACAAGCCAUGGACAAAACUAACCCCUGCUGACAAGGCGGCCAUUCGGAAGGAACUGAAUGAAUUCAAAAGCUCCGAAAUGGAAGUCCACGAGGAAAGCAAGCAGUUCACACGAUUUCAUCGGCCUUAAACCUUUAAAAAAACAUGCCAGAGGAAGAGAAGUUCUGGAACUCCUGAUGUUUUCUUCUGCCAAGUCAAAGAGGACUCUAGAGGCUUACUCAAGAUUUGCCUUCAUAACAUAUCCAGGAAAUGACACUUUCUUCUCCAGGGAAUGGAGAGGGAUAGGACAGAAUCUUGUCCAAAAGAAGCCUUUCAUUGGUAGAAGUUUGCAUUGAGUGCCAUCAGAUCACACAGGAAAAGUAAAUGAAAAACAGCUAUACCUCAGAUAAUACAGCAACAUGCCCUUGUUUGCGUGUAGCCAUGGACAGCUCCAAUAUAUGUGUGGUUAGUGCCCCACUUUCUUCUGUUCUGCUGUAAAUAAUAUGGACUCAUCCAUUUUAUAGCCCUUUCUCCCCCAAGGAAGAGAGAUAAUAUUGGAGCAGGGUGUGGACCCAGUGGGCAGGAGGCUUGUGUGAGAGAGUUUGUAUGUGUGUGUUUGCUUUGUACAAAAGAAACUUCAACAUGCAGUCCUAUCAUGAAAUGGACACUUUGAUAGAGAUCUUUUGAGAUUUUUUGUUUGUCUUUUUGAUGUACUUAAUACACUGACCGGUUCUAUUUCAUACUGUGGAGGAUUUGUAGGGGCCUUAAAUGGCAUAUCUGCAACUUAUGGUGAGGAAGAAAAUGUUCUUAAUUUUAUGAUGGGCAACAAUGGCCUCUUCCCCCAAAUGCUGUUGAGAGACCUCAUUUGUGUCUUGUAUACACAUUUAGGCCUGUGAAACGGGAACCAUAAAGCCUGAAACAAAUUCUGCCAGGAAGCAGUGGUGUGGAUUUUUGUUAUUUUUAAAUCAUGGCUUCUUUAAAACAAAACUUUCCAAAGCCAGAGUGGAAUUUGCCUUUUCUUAAUCGGGUAGCAAAACUAACUGAAAGUUCUAAAUUUAUUAUGAUUAAAAAGGGCUUAAAACUGACGUUAAAAUAAAGCAGGAGAUAUGUUAUCUCUUUUAUCAAAUUUUUAUGGUUGGGAUAUAGAGGAUGGAGGAGGAAGAUACCAAUUGACAAAUAUAGAGGAUUUGGAUGCAAGGAUGUAACUGAUUCUGCGUUUCAUCACAUUUCUUCUUCCCUCCAUUGGUCUCACUUGUAGAGUGCAAAUGCCAUAUCAGCGGCUAGCAGGUAAAUGUAGGGCUGAAAACAAUAUACAAAACAAUGCUAUGCUUCCUUAUCUUGAGAAGAGGCCUUUAUGUGUCUAUACUGCGAAUGCCUCCCUAGUGGCCAAACCUUUUGACAAGCAGGGACCAGAUGGAAAAGGAGGGCAGUGCUUCUGUUAUCUUUACUAGUUAGUUGUACAGGAACUUUGGCCCUCCAGAUGUUCUAAACUCCAGCUCCUGCCAAUGAUCAGGGACUUGAAAAGUGGAUAUUGACAAGAUCCGGAGGGCCAAAGGCUGACAAACCAUUACAGGGAAAAUGGAUUUUCAGCUAUUAUUGAGUUAGAUCUAUCUAAUUCAAGGACUGGGAACCUUUGCCUUGCCAGACAUUUUGACAUCAGUUCCCACAGUGGUCCAUACUGGUUGGAGCUACUGGGAGAUGAUGUCCAAAAUGUGUGUAGAGCCAAAGCUUUUCCUUGCUCUGGAGUAAAUGAAUUUAAAUCAAAGUUGGUCAUGACUGAUAUUUCCAUGGAGACUAAUGGAAAUUAAAUCAAGAUGUGAAAAGCUUCAACAUGCUGGAACUGUCUUCUACAUAACUAUUGCUUCUGGUCAUUUUAGAUGUGAGCCCAGAGGUCCAAGGCAUCCCAAACUCAACUGCUACCUUCAAACCUUUGCAUUUAUUCCACCCUUAACCUGUUGGACCUCAUGUUCUCUCUUUAUCCCUUGCCCCUUUUGUGUACUGGAGCACAGGGGUGCAAUGAAUAUUUUCCAUGGAGUAGAGGAAUGGAGUUUGGCCUUGUUCCUCUAACAGUUCUUGGUAAUGGUGCAAGAAGCUAUCAUUGUAGGCCAAGGGAUGGGCACUGCUGAACUCUAGACGUGAACUGCUUUGUUACGGUGUAUAAAAUCUCUGUAGAAGAAAUCAUUGCAUUGUAUAUCUGCCUUCCUAUCAACAAGAUUUUAUGGAAUAAAUUUUUUUUAGAAAAAAGGUUGCAUUUUCCCCCUCCCA